AUGGUCGACGUCAACCAGAGCUGGGACGUGGAGGAGAUUACCGGGUAUAUAAAACACCUAUCUGAUCUCAACCUAUGCCCUAGAUACGGCAUUGGUAUCGCCACUGGUAAACACAUCAACAACCGAGUCAUGUUCAAGCAGCUGCUCCAAGUAGAUGCUCUCGACGCAGUGCAGUUAGACGCGUGCCGUCGUCUAACUUCUGUCAAUGAGAUCUUGAUCGUGCUCUUGAUGAGCGCUAAGUUUGGAGUGCCAGUUGUUCCUCAUUUUGAAUGCAUUGGCCUGGCCGAGAUCUGCUCGCAUAUUAGCACGAUCGACUUUGUCGCGGUGUCUGGCAAAGAGCAUCCUCGGAUACACGGAUCAUCGCCACGAGGCCUUUCAGGAUCCAGAUCGAUCCCUUCAGAAGGGCAUCAUGUUACUCUAAUGACUUUGGGGUAUUCCUGUGAUGUUGAAGAGAGUGUCUUUGUCAAGUUUGAGUGUCCUAGUUGGAAUUUGGCAUUCGAAGGUGGGCCAAACGAUGUUGGAUGA